CAAAUCUUUGGACGGUUCGGUUGUAAAAAAGUAGUCUCUUAAAAAACUGAAAUGAAGCUUGAAAAUGCAUUAAAAAUACUUCUUUUGAGCCUUGUGGCCAUCCAACAAAUCGACUUUUCGAAAGGAUCCCGCAUACUGGCAGCGUUCUUUUUCCCAGCCAGGAGUCACUUCAUGAUGACCCAUUCCAUUAUCCGGGAAUUAGUGAAAAGAGGCCACGAAGUCACCUUCAUUACCCCUGUUUCCUUGGCUCAUGAGAACUUGGGUCAGAACUACACCGAAGUCCUGUUUGACCAAUACGCCAUCUGGCCCGUGGUCAAGGAGCUGACCAACACAAACUCAGUUCUGGAAAUGACGGAUGUGAAUAGACUUACUUUUCUUCGAAUGGUCUACCUGAUUGGAACGCAAAGCACCGACUUUGCUUUUGAGCAACCUGCCAUCCAAGCCUUCAUAAACGCCAAGGAUAAGGUGGGAAAGUACGACCUUCUUUUGGCCGAACAGUUUCGCAACGAGGGCGCCCUCAUCAUGGGCCAUCUGUAUAAGAUUCCCAUCAUUACCGUUAGCACUUUUGGCCAUGCCCACUAUCUGAGUGGACUAUUUGGCAGUAUAUCCCCUUGGUCCUAUGUUCCUCACCUCAAUGUGCCCUACACUGACCGCAUGACCCUGUGGGAACGCAUUGAAAAUGUGGUCAUGUGCGCGACAGAGGAGAUGGUGCGAAAAUACUCCCAUUACCCCCAACAGGAUGCCAUUCUGAAGAAACACUUUUCCAAACUGUUGGACAGAGUUCCGUCUAUAAGGGAGCUGGAAAGAAAUGUGUCUGCCAUCCUCAUGAAUGGAUUUAUGCCACUGACUUCGCCCAGACCUCUUGCCUACAACAUGAUUCUCGUAGGAGGAAUUCAUAUUCAGAAACCCAAGGCUCUGCCUGAUUCCCUAAAGAAUUUUCUCGAUGGUGCCACCUAUGGAGCUAUUUACUUCAGUUUGGGCUCUCAAGUCCGCAGUGCCGAGUUGCCCCCAGAAAAGCUCAAGAUAUUCCUCGAUGUCUUCGGCAGCCUCAAGCAGCGUGUUUUGUGGAAGUUCGAAAAUGAAUCUCUGAACAAUCUUCCUACCAAUGUGAUGGUCCAAAGGUGGAUGCCCCAAGCAGACAUCCUAGCUCAUCCCAAUGUAAAAAUGUUCCUUUCCCAUGGUGGGCCAAAUGGCUUUCAGGAAGCUCUCCAAUACGGAGUUCCGGUUUUGGGAAUGCCCGUCUAUGGAGAUCAGUAUCCAACCAUCAAUAAAGGCAAACAAGAAGGUCUUGCGUUGGUGAUGGAUUACAGGAAGUUCACCGAGAAAGAGCUUCGAUCCAACAUCUUCGAGUUGCUGACGAACCCAAAGUUCAGGAACAACAUGAAACAAGCAUCGAAAGUAUUCCGAGAUAGACCUUUGAAUGCCAUGGAUACGGCCAUGUACUGGAUCGACUAUGUGAUCGAGCAUCGAGGAGCCCCUCACCUUAUUUCCGUGGGUGCGGGGCUUACGUGGUACCAGUUCUACCUACUGGACAUCGUUGGACUGGCUCUGGCAGUCAUCCUACUGUCUAUCCUAUUGCUUAUUUUUAUUUGCCGAAGGAGAUCCAAGACAACGGCCACAAGUCCCAAGAGGAAGAUUAAGAAAAAUUAAAGAAUUUGCAAAUUUUGACACAUUUGUGCAAUUUUUUAGAGGGUAUCAUGCUUGCCUUAACCCCUAUGGCAAUAUGUAGCGUCUGAAUAGUGGGACCAGGCUGAUAUUGCUGCAAGACUUAAUACAAAAAAAUAAUAAAACAUUGACGUCUUAUCUGCGUGGAACUCGUAGUCGUUUCAGAUCCGUCGGACGGGUCAGUUGCUUUAUCAGGAACUAUUCAUUAAAUAGUCGUUAAAAAAAACACCUGAAAUCAAAA